AUGACUGAGGAGUUUAGUUACACUCCUCCUAUGAAUGCUUCGACCAUAUCAUCACACAGACUGGGAACGCAACUACUAGACAACUUGUUGGAGAAGCUCAAGUCGAUCUGGGACGCUGAGGACGACAGCACAAUGCAAUUAGUUGAUGUGGAGCUAGAGAAACACACGGAGAGCAGGACAUCCACACACAGCUCAAAGUUUCUGUCUCACUCUAUCGAGGAAAUACUGAAAAAACCGUCCAGUUUGACAGUCCGACCUGAAAGAACAGACCUAGACAAGACAUCUGGAUGCACACAGACCAACAUAAAGCCGGACGCUCCUAAAAUCAGCCAAUGCACAGCCCGUGGGUCGGGUCACAGACGGGUGCGGACCACGUUCACAGUGACCCAGCUGGAGGAGCUGGAGAGAGUUUUCCAGGAAACACACUAUCCUGACGCACACACCCGAGACCAGGUCGCCUGCCGAGCGCAGCUCUCCGAGGGACGAGUGCAGAUCUGGUUCCAGAACCGACGGGCGAAGUGGAGGCGCAGUGAAGCUAAAGCCGCGCACAGACCGUUAGCAGUGUCGAGAGAUGCAAAACACACUCACCGGCACCUCCUGCCUCCUGUCCUCUUUGUUCCGUGCCGGAGCUUUCACCAGAAGUUCUGGCUGUCGGAGUCAAUCUGUCCUCCCAUUGGCCCUCCUGAAUAUCAUCGUUCAUACUUUUGACCUUACAUAGGUCUGCCACCAUUCACAAGACAUUUCCAGCUUCAGUGUUAUGAAGAUCAAGCCCUUUUUGGAUCUAUUCUUUCCUUUUGAAUUUGGAUUAAAAGCACAUUUAAUAUCUUAUCCACACUGGUGUAUAUAUAAGCAUGACUGUAUGUGUUUUUGUAUAUAAAAUGUAUUUUUAAAAAGAAAUCAUACGUGAAGUGAUGAACGCGUGACAAGUUGUAAUUCAAUUUCCUUAUCUCAUCACAAUAAAACCCUGAUAAAACCA